CUUUGUCAAGCAUUUUGCCAUGUCUGUUUUGUUUUUCAGUCUAUAUCAUGUCUUGCAGCUGUAGCUUGGGAACCUAAGAAGCCACUUGUGAUAGAAACUGUCGAGGUAGCACCUCCUAAGGCUGGAGAGGUGCGCAUUAAAAUCCUUGCAACUGGGGUCUGUCAUACAGACAGUUACACACUGGGUGGACAUGACUCAGAGGGUGUCUUUCCUUCUGUUCUUGGCCAUGAAGGAGGUGGUAUUGUUGAAAGUGUUGGUGAAGGAGUCACAAGAGUCAAGCCUGGUAAGCCAAGUUAAAAAGGGAAUUAUUAGAUAAGGGUUCUUUUAGAGAGUGAUGUGUUGCAUGGUUUAAAGGCAAGUCACCCCAAGUUCUAGAUGGCAUAGGUAAGAGCAGUAGGGAGCACAUUGAGUUUAUUCUGUCUAGCCAGAAAGUGUACCAAAUCACCCUCCAAAUGUAGACUGGUCGCUCCUGACACCCUCCAACUGAGUGUGCUGUAAUUUUUAAUUAAAACAACUGAAACAACUGUCCUAUUGAUAUUGUCCUUUCAAAGACUGCUUUCAAGGGGAAAAAAGUAGACUUCAGACUAAUGAAAAAUACAAAAACACAUCUUAAAGGUUACCUACUGUAAUGUAUUUACCCAUGACUACCAGUAACCACAUGCAUUUUAUGGGCACUUUAAUUAACAACUAGCAGAGGUAGUGACAUGUUCUCUGGAAUAGCAAAGAAGUUAGCAAAGAUAGCUUGAAAAGUAUCAUGCCACAAUCACACCACUGACCUCAGCCACAUUCUGAUCACAUACAAAUCCUGGACAUUGUUUGCAUUCAAUAAAUGUAUCCCACUCAGCAAACAUUUCAAUUUAUGCAAGGCCAAUUUUAUGAUUACCAAUCAGCCAAUCACAAUCGUUUUCAGAGCAAAGAAAACCACACUUGUAUCACAAUGGCUCUUGAUAUUUCAGAAGAACCCAUCUUGGUACAAAAUGCCAUGAAGUCAUCUUGAAAUUGAUUUUUUUUUCUUAUCUGAGUGGUACAUGUAAUCAUGAGUAUUGUUUUAAGGGGUUGUGCAGCUUUCAGUGAUUUGUACAUUUUCCUUUGUAGGUGAUCAUGUUAUUCCUCUUUACAUACCUCAGUGUGGUGAGUGCAAGUUUUGCCAAAGUCCAAAGACAAAUCUUUGCAGCACAAUUCGGUAAGUGAGCUCAAAAUGGUCACUAUUGGUCUGUUAGCAACAGAAUUUCUUUUCUCCUUCAAAUGAAAGGCUCCUUGUUUAUGAACAGAUUUUGUCAACAGAGACAAACAAUCAAUAGCAAAAUGUGCUCUUCUCUCAACAAAUUACAUAUUUUGGUUAGCUAUUUUAGCCUGAGGAUUAAAUAUCAUUAUUAUGAAGUAAACUUAUUUGUUGUUAAUUUUUGAGUUUUAUAAUCAGUAGGGUAAGCAUAGUGGCAGUGUUUGGGGAGCUUUGAAAAACACUGGAAUAGUAAUAUAAUCACAGGAAGUGAUACAAUGUAUAACUGGUCUUUUGCUCAUUGCUUUCAGAACAACUCAGGGUAAAGGUGUAAUGCCUGAUGGUACAUCACGAUUUUCAUGCAAAGGCCAGACCUUGUAUCACUUUAUGGGUACUAGCACAUUUAGUGAGUACACAGUUGUGGCUGAAAUAUCAGUAGCAAAGGUAAUCACUAUAGUUACGAGUAAUUGUAAAAAAUAACCUUUACAAUGAGACCAAUAAUAUUAAUAGUUUUAUGGGGAAUGGUUUUUUUUUAUAUGUACAAUAGGGUUCUUCUUCUUACAUGCUAAACAAUUCAGUGGUUAUGCAAAUGAAGGGGCUUGUGUAUGUUUGACGUUUGUGGGCAUGUCUGGUUUCUCUGUGUUUUUAGGGCUUUUUCCUUCUUUAUUUUGUUAAGCCAGUCCAACUAUAAGUUAAUUUGAUAUCAAUGCACCUUAAAUUUGUGAACUAUAAUCAACACAUACAUAUAUCGUGAUCAAAAUAUAAUUUUUUAGCCUUUAUUUAACAAUUUAGGUUCUUAUAUUUGCUUCAGUGUUAGAGAAACUUAAUGUUUUGUCGUUUAACAAAUAGAGAAGCCUUGGCUGUUCUCUGUUCUGUUAUAAAGCACGCAGGAAGCGGCUAGAGCACGAAAGAAGUGUAGGGAGAAACACAAGAUGUAGUCAAGUGUUUCUCCCCACUUCUUGAGUGCUCUAGCCACUUCCUAAGUGCUUUAUAACAGAACAGAGCACAGCCAAGGCUUCUCUAUUUGUUUUAUUAUAAAGAAUCCAUUAAAUUCCCCAAGCAUUACUUUCAAUUUUCAAAACAAACUUUAUUUCCAUAGCGAACAACAGUGUCGUCAGCAUGCUCUAUACUCUCAUAGAGCACGCUACAAUAAGCCAAUCAGAAUCCCUGUUAGAAUUGUUCAAAUAAUCUGAUUGGCUGUACAAGACUAAAGCUGUCAAAAAUGUCAAACCAUCAAAGUUAAAAAACCAUCAAAGUUCAUCUUCUGUGAUAGUUUACAAACUAAAAUAGUUCGGUAGGUCGAAUUUAACACUUUUGCCUGAAGUUUUUAAGUCUCUAAUACAGAAUCUUGAAGUGAAAUGUUCAGUGAACUUCAGCCGAAUUAUGGCUCAUAAGAACAUGCGAGUUUUUUUCACAUGACAAGGUAGAAAACAAACUGUUCAGGGUGAGUGUUUUUUGAAUGAAUGACAGCCGAAUUCAACGGAACGUGAAGAUCGCUCGGGAUGACAGUGCUGCAAAACUCGGCUGCAGUGACAGAUGUGACUUUCCACUCAAUGCAUCGGAAAGGAUAUCAGAGCAAGCACUUAUUUUUUCACUCGAAGGGUGGCCAAUGUAGUUUCUGAGGCUUGCUGUGAUGACCGGAGAUCGCCAGGAUGAGCGAGCCACAAUGGACUUCAGCAGGAUCAUAUUCACUCAGACACCAUCAUGAUUAGAAUAAAUUAUAACAGUUAUGCCAGUUUGGUUAUAUUUUUCAUUAUUUCUGUUUUGUUCUGUUUUGUUCUGUUUUGUUUUUUAACACUGAACUUUAUAUACUAUAUGAGUGUUAGCUGUGUUUGAUUUUUAUUUCCGUACGUAAGCUUGCAAUCUAACUAAGGGUAAAUCAAUCUUUAAAACCUGGAAUGUCUAUUUUGUUUUUCCUUUGAGGAUUUUUGUAUCUGUUUUAAUAACGUAAAUUAUGGCACCUGGUAUGUUUACAAACCUUUAUUUGAUUCUUCUGUUGCUACUUGCUGGCUCGCUCGUUCCGAAAUUUCACUUUCAAUUAUCGGAAAAAAGCUAAAAGGAAGUCCCGGAAAAGGUCGAACAUAGUACAGUUUGGCAGAUGGCGUGACAGCUUUAGCUCAGCUCUAUGCACUAUACUCUCAUAGAGCAUGCUCUUUCAACCAAUGACACCGCGUGUAAUAUCCCAACUUUAUUAUAAAAAGUGUUCGAGAUAAAGAAACCAGGGUAAAUGUUAUUUUUAGGAUUUACCAUUUCUUAGUAACAAAAUGAAUCAUAAACUGGGUCAUCCAAGCUAGUACAAAAGCUUCAAAUGUUCCAGGUCACAAAGCUGUUAAACUUGACCUUACAAUUAUCAGUGAAAAGUGUGGUCCUGGUAAACGAAAGAUAAGGAAUAUGUCAAGCUUAUCAAAAACGUAAUCCAGCUUUUCAUUAGAAGCAUUUAGAUUUGAAUAAAAUGAUUGGUUUAAGCAGGAGUUGAUGAAAAUUGAAAUAUGAAAUUUAUCCAUUUACAUCCAACAUACAAGGAAGGCAACAUAGAAAUAAAAAAGGACAGCUUCAAAGUUGUUUAGGGGCUUUAGAAAGAUGUUAACAAUGGCAUUUAUGAAGAGCACUUAAAUGGUGAAAUUGAAGAACGUGAUAACCUACGAUAAAACUUCAACGUAUCUACAAAGCUGAAGGUAAAGGUACAAUCAUUCAAUCCAAAGGCAGGUGCAUUGAACAAGAUGAAAACCCACCAGAGAUUGAAUCCUUGUAUGAAAAUUUAUAUGCAUUAGAGGAUGUGUAUAUAGCAAGGCAUUUAAAGAAAUUGUACAUGACACACAAACACCUAAAUUCACCCCUUAGGAAAGAGAUUCAUUUGAAGGAUAUACAAGAAUAGAGAAGUGUGCUGAAGGUUUUAGAACCUUUCCUCUCAAAGAUGGUUUCACAGCAGGAGUUUAAAAAUUGUUUCUUGACUUGGGGGAGGGUUGUUCAAUACACACAAAUAGAUUCCUUUGGAAAAUGUAUGUUUCUGUCUGAAAGGUGUGAGACUUGGAGAAAAAUCAUGUUUUGAUUGCAUGGAAGACACAAGCAAAUUAUCUACAAAUACAUUGCAUCUAUAAGACAUGCAACACAAACAAGCACAAUACAUUAUUAGUAAAAUGCACUCCGUUCUUCAAGCCAUGAAGUAAGACAGCCUGUUGCAUUUUCAAGCACAGAUCACAUUGUGAAAUCCGACAAGAACCUAAACAAUAGCCUGAGUAUAUGAAUACUUGAUGACCCAUGAAACAUGGGUACACACUUAAAAUCAACAUGAAGUUGUAAUGCAAGCAAACAUGUCACAUGAAUUUUUUCUCUCUCUCCUCAAGGCAUGAAUUGAGACAGCUCACUGUAAAACAUUUCUGAUAUGAGAACAUAAUACACAUUUAAUAUACCACUUUCUUGACUUUGUGAAGCAAGACAAAUUUUCACACAUCUUACACAGAAAAGUGUAAAUAGUAUCCAGCAUACCUUUUUUUUUUAAUAAGUCAUGAUGCAAGACUCCCCUCUUCAAGCAUGCAACACAGAGAAGUGUCUAACUAGUUUUUUAAAGAAGCAAUAUUUAGUUUAAAAGCAUAUCACAAGGUUAAAUAUUGCAUAUAGAACAUUACACUGCACCUGAACUAAACUUGAUUCCAUUGAUAUUGGACCAUCACUUGACACCUAUCUUUUUUAAAAUUUCAUCAUGUUAUACCUUAUUUGUAGGCAUGGGAAUUAGCAUUAAGAGUUGAAUUCAAUUUGACAGUAUUGUUUUUUCAUCUCAUGACAAACCUAAUAAAUUUUUCUUUAUUUUUUUCUUGUUUUGUUUUUGUUUGUUAUUUCGUUAUUAUUUUUAAUACAGACAGCAUUUUAUUUGUACUUCUAGGUGGCUGACAAUGCUCCCCUUGAGAAAGUGUGUCUCCUUGGGUGUGGAAUUUCAACUGGAUAUGGUGCAGCUUUAAAUACUGCAAAGGUAGUAUUAGAGAUAAUUUUUUCAUUUAAAGAGUGAGAGAUUGGUUUUUUAAAACCCAAGUUUGUACUUGGUUUCACUUUGCAUCUCUAACAAUUUUUCACUGUUGUUUUUAUUUGCUAUUAGUUUGCAUCAAAGUAGGGGAAGUACAAAUGAUAAACUUGGGAGCUUUCUGAAUUAGUGUUAAAAAUUACAAUUUCCUUGACUGUGAUUGGUGAAAAAAAACCCUUAUUUACCUUCACUUCACUUGCCAAGUUGUCAUCUGACAGCUUGUUAUCACACUGUUUGUUAUCAGACAGUUUUUUAUUGGACAGUUUAAUAAGCCAAUCACAUUUAAAGUUGUACUUUAAAUCAACCUAUCACAACCUUCGUUUUGAUCACCAUAGAAACAGUGUACAGACUCCUAGUUAUAAUUAAUGGUAAUAAGACUUUGUGUUGUCCAAUUUGGUCUGUAAUCAUACUUGUGAAAAACAAAUGCGACUCCAGCUGUGCUGCCGUCAGAUUUUGUUAUCACUUGUAUGACUAGAGACAGAAUUGUAUUGGACUCCAGUUACCAUUACUAAUGCUGUGAUUCGAUUUUGAUCACAUCCAUUUUGAAAUGAUUGGUGUUCCUGGCACUCUGACGUGAGGCAAACUCUUUCACUUUCUUAUGCUUGGAGGUUUGAAUUAUCAGGCAGUAGUGUGCAUCUGAUAUGCAAAGAAGAUUGACAUGUGUUCUAUUUUUCUCUAUGCUGAUCCUCACUGGAUAAAAUCAUGUUCGAUGUUUUCAUUCUGCUUUUCAAACUUCCCUAUAUCAGUCAACUUCAUUGGGAAGUUGGCAUUACUUCAAUUAAGCUGCUCAGAUUGUGCUCUGAGGAGUAUUGUGAUCCUUUGAAGGUCUUUCUCAACCAGAUUAAGCACUCUUGUUAUGCACCACUUGAAACACUGAUUAUCUACAUUUUUGAUUUUGAUGAAUUUUGGUAGUUCAAUGUAAGAGCUGCCAUUUAAUGGUGUGUAUUCUGCAAGAUGGAUGUCAAGAGAUAUCAUUCUUUGAAUUCUCCAGUUGCUUCCUCUUUAAUUAAAAUUAUGAAUUUGUUCUUGAAUAAUAUCUAUGGACCUGUCAAAUUCUUCAGAUUCGUCUGUUUCUUCAAGAUUUUCAAUUAUGUAGCCUUGGAAAUAAGGAUUCAGAAGUUCAACAUUCUCAUUGAAUAAUUUUUUUUAACCAUCUCACAAUUAAAAAUUAUCAUGACUCUUGUCCUGGGAUUCUCUCUCAUUAAUCUCAAAACUUUAGGUUUUGCUAUUUGCAUUAAUUCUCUCAAUCCGAGCAUCUCCUUAAUUUCUCUGAUUUCAUUCCUUCUUUGUUGUUUGGAUUCAUUAACUUGCAGCUUGACAGGGACGUAUCUUGUUGGUGAUAGGAGUGGAUCAUCAAUUUCUGAAACUGGCUGAUCAAGAAUUUGGAUAGUGGAGCUGAUCAACUGAAUCAAAUCUUGCUUAUUAAGUCUCGAAUAUCUUUUGAGUCUGUUGCCUCAGCUCUUAAUUCUGGACUGUUCAUGUUUUCCAUUUUUUAUGUUGCGUUAAAAAAUUUUUAAAAAUUUCAUACCUAUCAUAAAAAUGGAAACAAAUUUAUUUCUAGUAAACGCAAAAGAAUUCAGAGAAGUUGCUAAAGGCUGCAGAAUAAAAUAAAGAAAGAAGAUUCCAAGCAAAGAAUUGCAAGCAAUGCUUGGCUAUCAUCCUGUGGACAAGAGACAGAAGGUUGAAGUGAGCAAUGAAAUGGGGUUUUGCAAAGCAUAUGACACUCUAGAGGAAGCAGUGGAAGAUAGCGGAAUUUCAAAUUCUUUGGCAAUUAAAUAUGCAUUAGAUCAGGAGAGGCCAUUUUUGUGAUACACUAAAAUUAGCUUUUGAAUUUGACAGGAUUCAACAUUUUGAGUAUCCAAACCCAUUUCAUCAAACAUACAGGCAACUCAAAAGCCAGAGGAAGAGAGAUGAGAAGAAGAAUUAUAAGUGUAAAAUAUGUGAAGUGACUGUGUUCAGAAUGACAUAUGACAUUCAAAUUCUUAAAGAUUUCAUAAGACAUGACCUCAAAAAGAAAAAUUUCAUUUGAAUCUUGUUUGACGUAUCUGAAACAUCGAUGUUUCAAUUCUCUUUUUCAACCUGUUUGUGACAUGUCAGAAAUGUUACAAAUUUAUUUUUUUCCAACCUGUUUCUGACAAGAAAAACUUGUCUGUUGCAACAGAUAAGUUUGAGCCUAUAAGCCAUCAGAUGUGAAUUUCUUCAAUUUUGAGAGAGAUGAUCAAACAUUUGGCUUUAUUUUUGCCUCUCUCAAAGUCUGAACUGCCUCAAAAAUGACUUCACAAAUUUCUCAUGCAUUUUGGCGUAGACAACAUACAAACAACAGUGUGAAACAACAUGAUCAUGAUAUUUUAAAUAUUUUGAAGAAAAGUAACCAGAAUUAUGCAAAAAUAUGUUAUCUGAUCAUAGUGAAAGAAGAUUGGCAUUAAGGACAGGUACCUGUUUUUUCAAAUUCAUUUCCUUCAAACUGUUCCAGUCAUGUCAGAAUGGACAAGGGUCGGUUUUUAAAAUUACGAAUUGAUGUUGUGCAGUUAAAGGAAAUAUCUAGGAAAAAAACUGAAGAUUUUGAGGUGAUUUUCUUGCAGUUGGUGGUGGCUUACCCAGAACUAACUGUUACUUAAAGGAUCUACCUGAUUUUGUUUCAAUGAAAGACAGGAAAACCUUACACACCAAAAAUGACACUUAUAUAGAACUGAAUCUUGACAAUGAGGAUGGAUGCACAUUACUUACACUUGAUCAAAUUUGAAGGGACACAAGGGGACAAUGUGUUUUUGAAACUUGCAGGGACAAGUUUUAAAAGACUUAAAGAAAAUUUAGGAAAAAUGUCACAAUCAUUGAAGUUAAGUGAUUAAUCACAGGAAUACACUUAUAUUUUGAUAAAACGUUUUUUAAACAAAAUUCACCUGUUGUUUUGUUUCUACAAAAGCUCUCACAAAGACAUCAGAGUUGUUAUGGGAACUUUUUGAUAUAAAUUUCUAAAAAAAUGGUUCACCAAAUAAAACUUGUCUGAUACAACAGGCAAGUUUUAGUUGGCGCAGACUUGGUAAAACAUGAACAAGAAAUGUUUCACAGAAUUUUCAAAUUAUCUUGACACUUUUACGCAAAGAACUUUUAUAUGUUAAGAAUUUAUAGCAAGAAAUAAACAGAAAAACUAUUUGUUUUUCUUUCAAGUUCAAUUUUUAACUCUGCAAGUGUAAGUGGAGAGCCUAAAAUAUGUUUUUAGAUUCCUUUAAAUAAAGGCAGUGUUCCAACAUUUCUGAUGUGGUUACGCAGGCCAUUCCAUAAUUUUGGUGCACAGACUGAGAAUGCUCUAUCUCCAUAUGUUUUUGUUCUUGAUGUUGGUGUUACUAGGAGUUCAAGAGAACUUGAAUGCAAUACUUGAGAUGAUUUUUUCUCCUGUAAUAGUUCAGAGACAUACCUGCUAGACUUCUACAAAGUUGAUUUAUCUGAUCAUUGAAUGAUAUUUCCUGGUCAAAGAUGAUUCCAAGAUUAGUAACUGUUCUAGCCAUAGCAAGUUGUUCAUUACCAAGGAUGAUCUUGUCUAGUGAAGGGCUAUUCCAAAAUUUAGAGUGAAUUAAUAUGGCAGUUUUCUCUUUGUUAAGCUUUAGCUAUUUUGCUCCAUCCAUAAGCAAAUGUCAGAUAACAGUCAGCAAUCUGGUCAGUAAUGGAGUCAAUGUCAUCAUUUUUGAAGGUCUCAUAGAGCUUGGUGUUGAUUGUGUAAAGAUGUCAGUUUAGUUUGUGCUUUUUGAUGACUUCAGAAAUGGGUAUGGUAUACAUCAGAUACAGAACAGGUCCCAAAACAGAGCCCUGAAGCACUCCUAUUAAUAGCUAAUGCUGGUUUGACUGCAAAUGCUCAAUGUUGACCAAUUGCAUGCGAUCAUGUAAGUAAUCUUUAAACCAAUCCAAGGCAGUAUCACAAAUGCCAAAAUUCUGGUGCAAUCUUUGGAGACGAAUCUCGUAAUUGAUGGUGUAGAAAGCCACAGACAUAUCCAACAGCACCAGGAUGACAUUUUGACUGCUGUCUACAGAAAGUAAGAUAUUGUGAACUCUAAUUAAUGCUGUCUCUGUGCUGUACAAGGCUUUGUAAGCAGAUUGUAAGGGCUCAUGUAAACCAUUGCGCAUCAAGUAAUCGUUGAGUUGUAAGAACACUGCUUUCUCCAUAAGUUAAGAGACAAAUUGAAGAUUUGAGACUGGACGAAAGUUACUAAAGGUUUCAGUAUCAGCAUUAGAUUUCUUGAGGAGAGGUCUGAUCAUAGCAGACUUGAGCUCUUUAAGCAUCUUACCAGACACGAGUGACAAGUUGACAAUAUUCUUUAAAAUAAGAACUAGUAUAGGGAAGCAUUUUUACAUAAUUGUUGCGGGUAGAGGAUCCAGAGAGCAGGACUUUAUUGUGCUUUUCUUGAUCAAAUCCAAAAUGCUAUUAUCAUCUAGAGGCUCAAAUGAAGACAAUCUUGUUGAGCAAUGUGUGCUUUCCUCAUAAGUUAGAGAUGUUGGUGAAAUCGUUCCCUGAUGUUGAUCUGCAAUUUGCAAGUGAAUUGUACAGAAUUUGGAACUUCACCAGUUACAGACUUCCACUACAAAUAUGUUCACAAUCAUGGUCUCCAAUCUAUUUUCAUUUAUGUGACAAAUGUCGAACCGUCAGCAACUUUAACUCUUAUCCUGGUAUUAACGAGUCCAGCGAUGAGCAUGGAAAAACCAUCAAAGGCAGUGUGAUUUAUUUUAUAAGGAAUGAUAAGGUUGAAAAACAGUUUUAGUUUUUCACAACAGGCAAGUCAGAAGGCUUGAUGCAAGCAGGGACGGCAAGAUUGAAUCAGUCAAUUGAGGUGUUUGUUGAUCAUCUUCUCAGUGCAUAAGUCAAUGUCAGGAACAUAUCAUCAAUCUUGAGUUCAUCAGGAAGUGCUAGGGAAGCCCAACAUGAGUUCCUUGUAUUGGCUGAGGAUGUGAUCUGAAAGCGAGACAUCUCAAAGAGCAUUCAGAGAUUUCAGCUCGCAAUUGAUGAGCCAAAAGUCAGGCUUGAUCUUGCAGUUUCACACAGCACUAGGCUCAUUCCCUUAAAUCUCCUUCUUAACACUCAGAUUAUGAGUGGGUAUAAUGACAGCCUGAAGAAGGCAGGUUCUGACUUGAGGCUGGGAGUCAGCAAAUCAGUGAAUUUGGAGAUGAAAUCAGUCAGAGUAGGCUCCUCAACAGGGGCUCAUCAAAAAUCAACAGACCGACCUCUCACCCUUCAAAUCCAAUGAAUAAUGCUUCAACUCAGAUUUGUUUUCAGCUGGACUGGUCUAAGCCUUCUUGAUUCAUGGCUUGUUCUUCUGAAAGCACCCAACCAUGAAUAUGACGAUUCACUUUACCAUAAGUCAUGCAUUUUGACCAAGAAAGCUGAUCACUAACCCAGCAGCUCUUAGUACAAAGCCAACUAUUGAAGCGAUGAGACCUAGGAGAAUUCCUGCAAUCUUACUAACAAGAUUCUUAAAACCAUUUCCAACUCCUUUGACAACAAACUUCAGGCCUCUUGUCAAUGCACUCACAAUCAUUCUAAUUGUUGUUCCAACUGCCAAGACAACAGCAGAAACUGUGAAAGUGUAUUUCUUGAAGAUGUUUCUCACUCUCUAUAAGAGUGAUAAUCAAGUUCUUCCCUCUCAUUCUGAAGAGCAUCAAUCCGCUCUUGAUUUUCUAUUAUCCUUUCUCUUGCUCUUUCGCUCAUAUCUUGGUCUUCAUUCUCAUCAUCUGCAAUCCCCCAAUCCUCCAGAAUAGACUUCAGCAGCUCCUCAAUUCAUUAUCCUUCAGAGCAAUCAAAACCUCCCACUCUGGGCCAAGUGAGGUGUUUAUUUCUUUUGGGAGUGAUGGAUUCAACCUUUAUUUUUUUGUACCCCUUUCUUCACUCGACAAUGGAUUUGUCUUGCCCUGACCAAACAUCUUUGCCUGCAACCUUCUUGUUUUACCAUAAGAAAUCUCAAGUUCCAAAGCCUUUGCCCCAAGAUAAAUUUUGGUAAGGGAGUCCUAUGCAUUCUCAUUUGAAGUGAUGACUCUUGAUUCAGUAGUAGUACCUUCAAUGAAGGAUGUUUCAGUGGUUUUUUACCCGUUCUCUUCUCCCUUGUUCAUUUUCAUCAUUGGAAUUUCUUCACCUGAUGGUGCUGGAGUUGAAUUAUAAUCUGGUUGAAAAGGUGUUGUUGUAUUUCCUUCAUCUUCAUCAGCAUCAGCAUCAUCAUCACCUUCAUUGUGUUUCAAUAGGGGAUCAGUAUCUCCAAAAUUAUUCAUUUUAAAUAUAAUCUAUUAAAAUGUAAGUCAGUAAAAAAAGCAAACCAAGUUUUGAAAGGAAAAAAAUCAAACACCACGAGGCAGAAUGUAUAAUUCACAGAGUAACAUUUAACUGUAAUAGGGCAUCUCAAUGUGAGACACUUGGAGUCCCAGUUCACUUUUUUGGUGGGCUUAGGUAGAAAAUUUGAGUAAUUAAACCACAAGGAUAAAGCAUGAAGAUGAUAUAUAUUAAGAUUUCUAAAUAUAUAUACCAGACCUUGUUAAAGGCCUUCAGAGUUAACCUUUAUUUUACCUUUGCCAAAAAAAAAAACACCAAGCACAUUAAACAAAGAAUCACUGUGUAUACUUUAACAUAGCAACAUGACAAGACAUUUAUAUUUUCAAAACUAUUAAAGAACUAUUUGUUAGCAUGCAAUAAAACUUGGGUAAUUGAUCACAAUAAAUUUUUCAAAGCAGAAUGGCACCAUCCUGUGGCAUAAAAAGGUUCAAAAGUAUUAUUCAUUUUUCAUUGUUUAACAGUGAAGGAAUUCUUCAGAAGGGUCCUUAAAGAGUAAUAAAAUGAAUUAUGGAAUUUUGCCACUGUUGUUGAACUCUCUAUAUUUAGGGUCAGUGGCUUUUAAGACUCAUUCAGUCUAUUCCCUUUAUUAGGUGGAGCCUGGAUCUACUACAGCUAUUUGGGGACUGGGAGCUGUUGGUCUGGCUGUGGCAAUGGGCUGUAAAGCAGCAGGAGCUUCAAGGAUAAUUGGAAUUGAUUUAAAUCCCAAAAAAUUUACUACAGGUACAUUUUUUGAGGAGUUUACCCAAUUCAGCUCAAGACUUUUCAUAAUUCAUAUCUCUUACUAACCAUGUUUGAGGGAAGUAGUACUGUAAGUUACAGGCCAAGUUUUUUCCACUUGGAUUUAUGGCCAAGGUGCAUGGGCUAUAAAUCAAGCAGAUAAAACUAGGUUCCAUAACUUACAGCAUGGGCUGAGAAAAUGAGCUUGGUAAGAUAUGUAUUAUAUCUCUUGGUUCAAAUAGAAGGAGAAAAGUUUUCAAUUCAAGCAGAUUGGCCUUUGAUGAUUAAUGUGCAUCAAAUCCCUAGUAACAUCGCAUUUUAUUGGCUUCCAAGAAAAACUGGACUUUGAGGAGGUUAAAAUAAUUCAUAUCAGAGCCAUAGUUUUAAAUAAUGCAAAUGACAAGACCAUUCAAGUAUUCAAAGGAUUUCUACAAUUAACUGUGAUACAACAUUUUCUGACUGUACACCCAGAGAAGGGUGUACAGUCAAUUGAUGGAUCCUUCAUAAAGAGGUCAGAUCAAAAGAGGUUUCAUGUCACAAAGCUCAUUCUGAUGAAAUUACAAGAAUGGCAAACGGUGGGCUGACCAGUGAAUCCCAAUGUCUAUAUGUUCUUUGGAAGAUAUUUCAACACCAAUAGGUUUGUUGACUGUUUAAAAUAUGCAUACUUUAUAUGCACUUGCUCUAGAAGUUCUAAAGGGUUGCUUGUGCAUGCUCUAAAAUAGGUAUUUUGAAAAAUACAGUGGUAGUGAUAAUCAAGCACACAUGUGUAAAGCUUUAGAAGUAUCUCCCUACUUCAACUACUCUGUACCUAUCGCUCAGAAAAGAUUCUAAUGAAUUUGAAUAUCUACUUUGAAAAUAUGUUGAACCAAACUUUCAAUUUUAGUCCCUGUAAUUUUAAAUGGAAUGUACAUGUAAUAGACAAUGGAUUUAGUUUUCUAUAACAAUACCUUCUCAUACUGAUCUUCACAGUGCUUAAAAAUUGAGCAAAUUUUAAUUAACUUUAUCUUAUGAUUUAUUAUUUCUUUCAGCCAAAGAGUUUGGCUGUACCGAGUUUGUCAAUCCCAAGGAUCACAACAAGCCUAUUCAACAGGUACAAGUAGUCACUGUGGUUAUAAAUCACCCAAGUAGUCAAUUUAAUUUUCAAUUAUUGAAAAUUAUUAAAAUUAUUGUUCAAUAACAAUUCUAACCUCUAGAGAAAAUUGCUUUAGCAUUGUUUGAAAAAUUGGUUCAAAAUGCUUAUUAAAAGGUAAAAAUUCCAACCUGGUCUGCUUCUGGGAACAUAAUCAAUCUCUUGUUUCUUUGAAAGGUUUCAAGGAGAGAAUUUUAAAAUUCACUUUAGUGAGUUACAAUUAUAAACCUUUCCUCUCACAUUGUGUAACUGAAAUAUUAGACUAGAGUUGUCCUGGCAAUAUUUACUAUAUAGGUCUUACCAUUGUCAAUGGUGAAAUGUGCAAAGAAAAAAAAGAGGUUUAGUGCCAGGCUUAGGGGAGACAGACCAUAGAGUUUGUUUGAUUUACUCCCAAGAGCAUCUUUGUGAUCUCUGUUGUUUUAAACUAUAUUUUAAAUAUUGUAAUUAGGCUCACCAUUGAUUUUGUUCAUUCCUUGUUGGAUUACAGACCGAAUAGGCCUUCACUCAAUCCUACAACCAAUAUUAAUUACCAUAAUGUAAAUGACCAUCCAUUCUGGUGUUUGGUAUCCAAUUACUGAAGGAUCCUCACACCAUUGUAGUUACUAUUAUAGAGGUAAAUAUUAAAAAAAUGAUUUGUACAAAUUUAAAUAAUAAAGCACCUAUAAUUGAUGUUGACAAUCCUGGUCUUUAGGUUUUGAUAGAGAUGACAGAUGGAGGCCUGGACUACACCUUUGAAUGUGUUGGGAAUGUUGGAACUAUGGUAUGAAUUUUCUUUUUGCUGAGAAUCCACAGCUUAUUUGUAACUACUAUUUCACUCUUCUAUGGAUUUGUUGACAGGUUGUGUCAGGUGUGCUGUAAUUUGUGCACUGGAGCCGUUGCUGGUUUUGGUGUGUUUUGUGUAUUUGGUGUUGUUGCUGCAGUUGAUGGUGCUCUUUGGUAUAGUUAGUGUGUGAGGUUGCAAAGUUUGUGUAGUUGAUGGAAUUGAUCCAAGUGGUGCAAUUUUGAUAGAUCUCCUGGCAAGCACAUAUGGAUUUGUAUUUGUUUUCGGUGUUGUAAGUGUGUUUGCUGUGGCUUACUUAGUUGAACCUUUUUAGCUAGUUAGAUCAUUUUAAUCCGUGGACCAAUUUAAUGAGUUAGACCAUUUUAACCAGCUGGUUCAUUUUAAACAGCUCAGCUACUUUAUAUAGUUGGACCAUUUUAAGAAAUUGGGGCAUUUAAACCAGUUGCACCAUUUUAUCUAGUAAAACAACUUUAAGCUGUUGGACCAUUUUAUCUAGUAAGACUAUUUUAGGCAGUUGGACCGUUUUAUCUAAUUAGACCAUUUUAACCUGUUAUAAUAAGACCAUUUUAUCUAGUUAGACCAUUUUAACAAGUUAUCGUUAGACCAUUUUAAGUGGCUGGAUCAUUUUAACCAAUUGGAUCAGCUUUCUAGUUGGAUCACCCUGAGGUGGUACGGGAGGCUAACUUCGCGUUUUCGGACUGCCUUUAUUUCCUUGUAAUUACAUGAUUACCCUCUUAGAAAAGUCUGUGCUUACACAUUUACAAGAUGAGGGCGAAGGAAGUUUUGUCUCUAGGGUACGUUUGCCGUGAAAACUGAGACUGCAUACUGAGUUGGUUAUGGUUUGAUUAUGGUCUAGUAUUUCGAGAAUACACCGCUGACAGAUCUUUAAGAAAGUAUUUGAAAACUGUGAAAUUAAACCUCCCUAUGUUGGCUUGUAUGAUCCUCCUGCUCUGGCGACACCAGCACGAACCCUUUAAAGCCAUCAUCUCUUGAAGAAAAUUAGGCAAAAAUACUGCAUGUGGCUAUUGAUAGAGCACAAAUUUUAUAGCAUUGAACAAAAAUGUUAUCAUGCCAGAAAGUAGUGUUGCAGAAGAUUUGUAUUCGCCCCCGCCGCAUCCCAUAUUAAUGAGUGCCUUGUUCCACAAGAGAAAGAUGAUUCAAGAAUAUAUUGACUGAUGGACAUUCAAGCAAUAAUUAAAUAGUAGCAAAUAGUCCAUUUUGACCAUUUUAACCAGUGGGACCAUUGUGUUUAGUUAAAUAAUUAGAGAAGUUGGACUAUUUUAUUGAGCUAGAGCAUUUUAAGUAAAUGGAGCAUCUUAAAAAAGUUAAAUUAUUUUGCGUUUUGACACCUCAUUGUUAUCCAUAAUAGCUCAAAGUUCUGUUUUUCAAAUUGUUGUAUUUGCGUUGUGACGUGAAGAUUUUCUUUACAAUUUUCUCCUGCUGGCUAUUGAAAACAAACCUCUCAGUCUCCUGCUCCGAAAUGAAAUACCUAGGAAUUUUUUAUUUGUGACUGCAGGUUUCCUUUUUUACCGAGUGACAUUCACGAUAUACAGCAGUCAAUUCCAUGAAUUUUGAAAAGCACAAGAUUCUGGUCUGUUUAAGAGUUAAAAUAAGUUAAUACGUGGUACCGAUCGAUUCAGACGCUAAUGUUGACGUAAGAUAAUUGAAUUAAAUCAAUCAGCCAGUGUACUUUAACUGUUCCAACAGCUCGUGCUUUACAUCAGAUCAUAAACAAUUGAAAGUAUUCACAAUAGUGGUGGGGUAGCAUAAAUUCGAAGUAUUUUUGGUUAGCGAUAUUCAGAAUAAACUCUAAAAAUAAGUUUUAAGAUCAUGGAGGGAAGCCUAAGUGAAGACAACUACGGCUUCUUGGUCAUUUUAUUCUAAUCCAGCUUUUAUAAAUUUUGCAAGUUUUCUUUCUUAAUGGGUUUUUAUAACGACAGCUAUGCAACUUCUGAUCGCAAUUCACUAAUAUUUUUUCCCACCAAUAUUAAUUAAAAGUUUUGGAUGUAACGUAUACAUGGGUGCGGCCUAUCUGUGGUUAAAUACGGUAGUUGGACCAUUUUUGUAGUUGACCAUUUCAACAAGUUGUAUCAUUUUGACGAGCUGGACCAUUUUUCUAGUUAGACUAUUUUAACUGGUUGAACCAUUUUGUCUGGCUUCGGUUCGAUAAUUUUGACUGGUCUCACCAUUUCAACCAAUUGGACUAUUUUAACCAGAUUGACCAUUUUUGUCAGUUGGACCAUUUUAUCUGGGCAGAUCCUUUUUUGUGAUUGGACCAUUUUUUCUAGUAAGACCAUGUUGGGGUAAUUCCUCCAGUAUUGAACGGCGCAUUCUGUACUGCGCAUUUAAAGUCACACAACCAGGCGAAUAAGCGUGCUUGCAUUUUGAGAUCACGAUAUUGUUUUUUAAUCAAUGGACAGGGUCAACAGAUACGAUGGUCUUUUGCCGUUGAAUGAGCAUACUAAAUUAUCCCUUUUAAUUAGAGAAAUUAAAAAUAUAUAUAUCAGAUGGAAAAACGAUUUAGCUCAAAGCGGGCACAAAGCAAGUUAAUCGAGUGUGCAAAUUACGACUUGUUUUUCUGCGGUGAAUUUGACUCUCUGGUGCCAAUUCUGUGUAAUAGCGGCGUCUUUUUGGCAAAAUUUUUGCUCCAUUCUUGAUGAAAAUACACCUUUGUAGACUUCACAAAUAAAGAGGAAACGUACAUACGAGUAUUCAACUGGAAAAAAACGGGCUUCAAAGUCUUUUAAUCGGUGACGGCACUAGUUCCAAAUAUCAGUAAGGAAAUAUUAUGUCGUCCCACAUGAGUGAUUCAAAUUCUUCUCUUCAAGUUGAUUUUCCCAUUUCUUUCAGGCUGCCAUAUGGCUAUAUGUAAUACAUUUUUGACAGUUGCUUUAGCAUGUUUUGAAGGGAUUUGGUUUACCUGUUUUGGCUAUAUUUUACACAUAUUUGGCAGCCUAUCUACAAUGUUUUGAGUUUUAAACAUUUCAUUUGAUAUGAUCUUUCCUUUUGUCACACAAGCCAUUUCGCUCCUGGGAUGUGAAUCUUUGGUUUUUAUUCCCCUUUACUCAUUUUUUCAAAAUUGUGCUUGAAAUUUAGGGUUGCAGCUUAUUUAUGAGUGAGGCUUAUACGUGAGUUUUUACAUUUCUUGUGGGAGAACGUUUUCAGAGAAUUUAUCAUUGUUAGCUUAGCUGUAAAACAAACCCAAUAAUCAUAACUUACCUUUACCAAGAAAGUAAACUAAUUUGGAGAAAUUAAAAAGAGAUUCUUAUCUCCUUAAUUUUAGGUAGGAAAACAAUAUAUUUUCCUUUGAUGAAAAAAAAUCGCCGUCCUCCGAGGAAAAUAACUCUCUAAAAAACCUAGCCAUUUUGCUGUUGUUCCGGCCAUUGAAAGUUGUUUUCGAGUAUUUUGCAAAAAUGAUUUCCAAGUACACGAAACAGAUUUAUCAGGAGCUAAAUUUAGUUUUGUUUUGAGUAAAGCGAAUUAGUUUGGUUCACAAACAGGAAUAUUCUGAUGGGGGAAAAAACCUUUCCAUGAUGUUUGUUGUUUAGAGUGAAACUAUGUGACUCAAUCCAGACUUUCCUCUGUAAAAUAACUUUGUGGUUACUAAGCAAACAUUUUGUAAAGUUCUCCUGCGCUUUAUUUUCGUUCGAAUUUCAUCAUUUUCAUUGUAGUUUUCAUUAUGUAGUUAGACCAUUUUAGGGUUACUUCCCACCUCCGUGGUGUCCUUCGGGAAAAAAAUUCCUGCACGCGCUAAUUUCACUAGCAAAUUAUACAUCAGAAAAAGGCUCAAUAACAACAGAUUACUAUGAAAAUAUCAGUUAAGCGACUUUUAUUUUGGGAAAGUGUUAGGAGCCGGUAAGGCGUGAAACGACCGAAAGUUCUGCUAUUGAAUUUAUGGGGUAUCGGAUGCCGCAACACGAGCAAAAUGGCUGCACAGUCUUAUUCACAAGGCAUCAAUCAACGAAUGUGUGCCCGGCUUUUUUGAUAAUCUGAUUGGUUGUCUGUAUAGCGGCAUCAAGUUUGAGUAGCUAAAAAUAUGCGCGGCGUAUUGUGUAAAUGGACACCACGGAACAAAUAUUUCAAAUAUCAAGAUUUCCCGACAUUCUUUCGUUUGUCAUUAUUCCUGGAAUGUUUUGUCGAAACUUGACGAAAAUCGGUUAAAUUUGUUUACCCUAUAAAUUCACUCAAAGUGGUUGUGUUCCUCCCAGAAUCAAAUAAGAGACUUAAUCUCAUAAAGGUUCGCAGACAAAUCGCCCCACACCAGGAGGUUGAAACCUGAAACCGAAAACCAAUGGAACAUCGGGACCUCCGGACGUCAAUGACGAUGGAUCAAGAUCUCGAUCGCUUAGUGAAGCAUUGAAGAGGACGACACAGUAAUGAGCAAAGUUGCCAAAGGCAAACGCAAAACCCGCGGCAAAAAUGGAAAAACUGGAAAAUGUUCUGUGGAGCAAGACAACGAACCGACAGACAGCUUUCUAAAUCACAAUUCGAGGCGAUUUUUAAUGUUUUUGUAUCAAGACUGGUUCAUGCAUGAAGAAAAGGAAACCUCAUUUUUAACUUCAGUUUGGCAAGUUUUGGUUUGACGGCGACUUCUUUGUUCGAAAUCUUGACGCUAGCGUGGAGCUUAACUUUUAUUUGAAAUACGUUUUUCUCGAUAUCUCGGGUACUUUUAAAGAUUUCAGUUAUUUUUUUAUGGAAACGUUAGGUUGAAUGUUUGAAUUCAGUUUAGUCAAAUUAAAAAAAAGGUACUUUUAAAGGCCUCUGAUGGUGGGAAGUAAUCUUCAGCUUUUGGACCAUUUUAUCUAGUUAGACCAUUUAAAUCAGUUGGCCAUUUUAACAUAGUUAGAUCAUUUCAAGUUGUCGGACCAUUUUUUGUAGUUUUACAUUUUUAGCCCAUGUAUCAUUUGAACCAGUUGGAUCGUAUUUAUCUAGUUAGACCAAUUUAAGCAGUUGGAUCAUCUAAUCUAGUUACCUAAUUUUAACCAAUUGAACAAUUUUAAGCUGUUGAACCAUUUCAUCUGGGUAGAUCAUUUUAACUGGUUGGACCAUUAUCACCAAUUGAACGAUUUUAACCAGUUGGAGCAAUUUUACCAGUUACACCAUUCAACCAGUUGGACCAUUUUUCUAGCUUUACCGUUUUUACCUUUUGGACCACUUUAACCGGUUGAAUCAUUCUAUGUAGUUAGCCCAUUUUGACUAGUAAGACCGUUUUCCUUGUAAGGGAAUUUAAAGCAGCUAGACCUUUUUAUCUGAUAAAGUUAUUUAAACCAAUAACACCAUUUUUACCAGUGUGACCAUUUACUACCAGUUGGACCACUUCAUGUGAUUGGACCAUUUUAACCAGUUGAACCACUCUAACUGGUUGGAUCAUCUCAACCAUUUGGACCAUUUCCCCAUUAGAUCAUUUCUACCAGAAGGACCAUUUUGUGUUUAUAUUUUAAACAGUUUCAGUGCUAAGACCAUUUUAUCGACUAAGACAAUUCAAGGUGGCUGAAGGACUUUAUCUGUUAAGAUCAUUUUAUUGAGUUGAACCAUUUUAAACAGUUGGACCUUUUUCUCUUGGUAGACUUUUUGCACCAGUUGGACCAUUUUAUCUAGUGAAACCAUUUUCACUGUAGAUUAUUAUUAUUCGAAAAAAAAAAUGGUUAGAGACUUUGAGAAAAUGGACAUGUUAGAAAGCUAGAAAAUGCUUGGAUUCAUGAAAAAAAUUGUUGACACCCUCAAAAAUUCAAGAUGUUAAUGUACUCAGAUACAAGUUUAAAAUAGUGAAUGCUAUACUAAAAUUUGCAAUGAAAGAAAUGAGAUAAUGAAUUAACUAUUGUAGGUGAAUUAUUACCAAUGUCAAAAUCAUCUUUGCAGUCAUAAGUAUUUUGAGAGUAACAAAUAAGGUCACCGCCUCAUAUUCAUUAUAAUUGUCAUUGUUUUAAUAAAGUUACUGGUACCUGUAUCUGUAAGACUUAGUCAGCUAUUGUUUUUAACCAAGCGUGCUGCUCUGGAAUCAUGCCACAAGGGAUGGGGAACAUCCGUUAUUGUUGGAGUUGCCGCAGCGGGAAAAGAGAUUUCUACUAGACCUUUUCAACUUGUGACAGGAAGAACAUGGAAAGGAACUGCAUUUGGAGGUGCGCUGUGCAAUAAUUUAUUUCCUCCUUUCUCUUGUUUGAGUUAAGCAAUGCCUCAUUUUAGUCACAAAUGAGGGAUAAGGAAAGGAUCUGAGUCGUCAUGGGUCGUCAUCCCAACCCUGAAGAGAUUUUAUUCUUGACUGUAUAGCCAUUGUAGAACAAAACUGUAAUGUCAGUUUGGAGGCCAUGGGUCAUCAUACUUUUAAUUUUUUCUGGUAUCUAUUUUAACAGAGUGCAGGAAUUAUCAUCUAUAUUCGCUGCCCAGAAAAGUCAGUUUGUUUCACGACAGAAGCAAUUAGAUGUGUAAAUUCGCAGCUCACUUGUCACUUGAUUCAGAUUCUCAUUCAGUAAAUGGUAGAAACGUGUCUUUCUUCCUGAACACAUUACUUUCAUUUUACUUCAUAUUCAAUUGAUGAGAUGAUAUGUAUUGAAAUCAAACUUCAUUUUUGUUUAUUAUCGGUUCCUCGUUUGGGCUCCUUAUAAAUGUUAGCAUUCUUUAACUUUUUUUCUCAUUUAAACAAACCCAAACAUAUCAAAGUGCCAUUCGCGAUGUGUUAUUGCCGCUUAGCUUAAUAUUCUGCAACCUAAAACGAAGCAUGAUGUAAUACAUGAGUUUAUCUACACCUUAAAAGAGUCCAGGGUGCCGGACUUAAAGAAUGUAUCGGGAAGUAGCUGACAUGUUCAUAUUGGGAAAGUGAAAUUAAACUGAUCUCAACUCAUUUCUCAGUUAAUUUUCAGUCCUUUCUUGUGAUAACUCCCCGAGCUCUAGGUUUAUUAUUUUCACAUACAAAGCGCUAUAUAUCUAUUUCAAUUUUUUCUUCCCCCCGCUUCUCCACUGCACCUCGAGUCUUUUCAAUUAUUUAAAAAUUCUGUCUGACACACGCUGUCCAGUGUAAACCCUUCUAUGAAAGCUUUGUCUAUUACUAACUGUCCAGUUGGUAAUUGAUGGUAAUAUAACAGGAAAUUAUUGAAAGGAACUAGGUUAUUACAUUUUAAUUCUGUGUUGACAUGCAGGCUGGAAGAGCUGUGACAGUGUUCCAAAACUUGUGGAUGAAUAUAUGGCUCGCAAGUUAAAGGUGGAUGAGUUUAUCACCCAUACGCUACCAUUGGACAAGAUCAACGAGGCGUUUGACCUUAUGCAUGAUGGGAAAAGGUGGGUGUAUUAG